ACCACACAACAGGUUGUCUUAAGAAUUUUUAGUAAACACGAAACAGGUUGCUAUCACUUUUUAGUUAUUUUUCCUUGUACUAAUAAUAUUGCCGACUGGCGACUAUAUUGUCGAGUUUAUUUACCUACUUAUCGUUCAUUGUUAGUGUCGUGUUGGUGUUUUUCUUUAAAAUGAUAAACUUUCGCUAUUUGCGUAUUGAACAUCAUUAAACAUAAUAUUACACUUCAAUUUAUGUGAUCGAAAAUACUCGUUUAUGUUCGACCGACAUUGUUUUGUCUAGUACCUAACCAGUGUGGAUUGUUUCACAUGAUCGCAAAAUUAUUUAUGUAGUCUAACAUGUCCAUUCGUGUAUAGAUGUUUUAUAAUGUCUUGUGUUAGUGGACUCCCAAAAAAUUACAAUGGCCAAAACACUGCAAUCAGCCAGAAACCAAAUGUGGUAAUACCACCAAAGUAUCAACCACCACCAAGUCCUAAUCGCCAAUAUAAUGUACAACUAAGCAAUUAUCCUCCAACUAAUAUUGACAGAAGGCAACAAGGUGAAAAGCCAUAUGCUAAUACUACCGAAAAUCAUAGAUAUAGAACUUUGCCAGGAGAGCAACCAUCGGAUAUGCUGAAGUUUGUACGAAAAAUAGAUUCGGACAAUUCAAAUAAAAUAUCUCCAGAUCAGGUGGGGCAGUUGAUGUCAGAAAUCAAUAGUUUGAAAGAAGUUAAUCAAAGACUGAAUGAUGAAAAUCAAGAGCUACGAGAUUUAUGUUGCUUUUUGGAUGAUGAUAGACAAAAAGGACGAAAACUAGCAAGAGAAUGGCAGCGAUUUGGAAGAUAUACAGCUUCUGUUAUGAGACAAGAAGUUGCUGCAUAUCAAGUGAAAUUAAGACAUCUAGAAGCCAAACAGCAGCAUCUAAUUGAGGACAACAUUGAACUUAAGGAAUUAUGUUUAUACUUGGAUGAAGAACGAAGUGGGCCAAACAGAUCAAGGGAUAACAAAAUGACACAUCCUGAAUCAGUUUUGACUGCACUUCAAGUAUUGGAGUUACGUGAACAAUUAGAAGGCAAAGGUGAUGAGACAUGUAGUGGUGUAGACAUGGAAGACGAAGAAAAGGCAUUACUUAGAGAAAUGUGCAAUGUGGUAUGGCGAAAACUGGAAGAUACAUAAUAAUUUGCAAAGAGUUGCCACUUUGGAUUAAUAUUCUGGAUGCAUAAUAAGUAUUAAGUUAUAACUAUAAUCAAAAACCAUUUACUUAUGGUUGUGCUUUUAUGUAUUUUUAGAAUAAUUUGUAUCAUUAAGUAUUAAUAUUUAAUACCGUUACUAUUAAAUAUAGUUAA